UCUUUGUUUUGUGGACAAAAGUUGGAACUCAUUUCCUAGUUGAACAGUUGUUCAUGAAGUAAUAUGCCAUGUGCUGCUUGUGGCGAGGACCCAACUGCAACGGAAUGGAAAUGGGAUCCACUGAGGUGGGAGCUCGAUCCACCCUGCACAGAGGCUGAAUGGAGAUACUUGGCUGAUACGCCUGGUGCACCGGAAGUGAUGGCUGCACAGCAGUGCGCCUACAUGAACAAGCUAUGCCGGGGAUGCUACAACUUGAGGCUUCCUAUCAUGGCGAAAGUUCGUACCAGGAUAAGAGCCAAAGGAGGACUUGAGGAGCUUCAACCGUCCUUGAAGAUGCGCAAGGAAUAUGAAGCUGCGCAUCAGACAGAUUUGCUGAAGAAUCGUGGGGCCAAGAUCAGUGGCUUGCACAGCGCCGAGCAUUUAAACGGACAACUCUGCAGGCUCGUUGAAAAGGAUGCCGAAAAGGGGCGGUGGACUGUCGAAUUUGUCGAUGGCGAAAGAAAGGCAAUCAAAGAAGCGAAUCUAAGCGCAUCGGAGGAGAUUGACAUGGAGUGGGAAGCCGCGCGGAUACAGUAUGCCUCCAAGAACCGGACAGCUGCCCAAACUGAUGGCAAACCUGUGGCACGGCCAUUGGGGACCAAUACAGCCUGGCCAAAGGUGAAAGGCAUCCAUCCAGGUGCCGUGGUUCGCCUGCAAAAUCUGAAGACGAAGGAGCUGAAUGGAAGGAAAGGUCGGUGCAUCAGCUUUGACAACGAGGCCGGCAGGUGGAAGAUUGAUUUGGGAGAUGAGUACAAGUCACUGAAGACUGAAAAUUUGGUGCCAGCUCCAGAUGAGAAGCCACCCACGCGACAAAGUGCUCUGCAAGAGAAGAACGCAGCAGCUGCAGACAGCGAAAGGCGAGAAGCCCUUAACGCGCGGGAAAGGCACGCUGAGGAUUACGGUUGGGACGGUUGACAUUGGCGCUGGGUAAUGGCCACCCAAUCUACAGAGGAGCCAGGACAUGACCAUGGAAAAA